CAAAAGCACAGUAUCAAAAACUAAAUGUCACUGUGCCAAAUCGGGCUGGUGUCUGGGCCCAGAGUCUGCUCAGUGUUCUAGGGCAGAUCAGACAUUUUGUAACAAUGGCCUGAGAUAAAUACCAACCAUCUGGAUAAGCAACAGGUUCAACUCUUGGCAGAGAUGUGUAUCCUUAUUGAUGAAAAUGACAAUAAAAUUGGGGCUGAGACCAAGAAGAAUUGUCAACUGAACGAAAACAUUAAGAAAGGAUUAUUGCAAUGGGCUUUUAGUGUCUUCUUAUUCAACCCGGAAAACAAACCCCUGCUACAGCAGAGGUUGGAUGCUAAGAUUACCUUUCCAGAUUGUUUUACUAAUAUGCAUUGCAGCCAUUGGUUAAGUAAUGCAGGCGACCUUGAGGAAAAGGAUGCCCUUGGAAUAUGGGGAGCAGCACAGAGGUCUAAAAUUUCCCUGGAAGAGCUUCCUGCAGAAGAAAUUAAUUAUUUGACACGAAUUUACUACAAGGCCCAGUCUGAUGGGAUCUGGGGUGAACGUGAAAUCGAUUACAUUCUGUUUGUGAAGAAGAAUGUGAUGUGGAAACUGGAUCCCAAUGAGGUUAAAAGCUAUUUUUAUAUGUCAAAGGAAGAGCUAGAAGAACCUCUGAAAAAAGCAAUUAAUGGUGAAAUUAACAUGACAUCAUGGUUUAAAAUUAUUGUAGAGCCUUUUCUCUUUAAUUGGCGGGAUAACUUAAAUCACUUCAGCCAGUUUGUUGACCAUGAGAAAACACCUAGAGUGUGAAUGUAGAGGUGAAUGAUUACUGCAGAAUUUCUCUACUUAGUAAAUUUAGAAUGACUUUUAAAAAAAUUUGGUUUCCUAUUAGGAGAAUUCUCAUACAAUACACUGAUCAUUUCCAACUUGUGUAGAAAACACAACUAAUAAUUUUGUAUCACGCACACCCUGUAUAUGCUCUUUUGUAAAAGACAAUUUGGAGAGAUUAUUGUAAAAUGAAGGAGAACAAAUAAAACUUAAUUUAACCUAUCAAAAAAAUCUAAAUGUCUAUAUUAAUGCUAUUCUUUAUAGUUUUGUUCAAAUAUUGUUUAUAGAGAGUAAAUGCAAGGGAAUGAUGAACAUUACAUUCAGGUAACCUGGGGAGGGUGAGAGAGAAAUGGAAAAAGGAAGGGUACACAGACAUACAACUGUAUAUUUUAUUCCCUCAAAAAUAAAGUCAAAAAGAAAAAAGAGGAAGAAAGAAAUGUAUAAUUAAUGAGUCAGAAUAUGAACACAGUUGAGAGUUUUGUUUCGGUAUUGUUGAACUGCUUUCUAAGUAUGCAUCUGUAUCUUACUACAAUGGAGAGUUUAAGCACAGAAGCUUGGUUUUGAAGGAGGCAGGUGGCAAUUGCUGUCCUUUGGCACAUGCCCUCCUGUCACUGUCAUGACUCCUCUUUUCAGGAAAGAUUCUUGAAAGAGUGAGUAGUCUGCAAUGCUGUCUUUAUUUCUUCUGUUCUCAUUCAUCCCCACCCCUCUCAGAAUGGUCUUCUAGCCCCAAACAACAAUGAAACUUGUUUUUGCCAAAUCUCUAAUCACUCUUUCCUUUUUCUGUCACACUGACUGUGUUUAAAGGUUUGAAUCUACCUUUCUCGUGGGUCUCUUCCUCUCCUGGGUUUCUUUAUUUUUUUUGGCGGUUGUAACUGCACAGUGUCCUCACUAGGUUUCUGUUGCUUCGCUGAGAUAUGUUGUUCUUUCUUUCAAUUCUGAUGUUGAGUCUUUGUUAUUCUAUUCAUUCUUCAGAUGAUCUUGUUCAAAUUCCAGACUUCUACUAUUUAUACAUUAAUUAGUAACAUUGUUGUAUCUUUGUUCUAGAUUUUUCUCCAAAUCCCUAAACCCUUAAAUACUACAAUGUAACGACUAUUUCCACUUAGAUGCCUCACAUGUCUAUCAGUGUAAAUAUGUUUAGUACUGAGCCAAUAUACAUAUUUUUCCAACUGUGUUCUCUACAUUGCUGUCAUUUAUUCAGUUGUUUAAGCUAGAAACGCUGGGAUUUUCCCUGGCACUUUGAUCUUCCCAAUUUCCUACAUUCUGUCUUCACCCUCCUCGUCUCCUCUUCUCUUGCUUCUUUCCUUCAGCUCCUUUUCUCCUUUCUUUUCCUUCCUUC